UCACAGAUCUGCUCUUCAUAUCUUAUCUCCAUACAUCUCUUACUGUAAUUUAGUCCUCAUAUAUGUAUUCAUCAAAGCCAGAUACUUAUGAGAGGUACAACGACGGGCAGGCUCCGUUCGUUGAGAACGCCGUGACUGGCGUUCCGGUCAGCUCCAGCAGCGAAUACGAUGAGUCCUCCCAGUCCCAGCCAGCUGUGUUCGGUAUUCAUCAGCCUAAAGUUCGGGUCCCUUGGUCCUCCGGCCUCUUUGACUGCUUCUCCGACGUCAGAAAUUGUUGCACGACAUUCUGGUGCCCCUGCAUUACUUUUGGCCAAGUCGCGGAGAUUGUGGAUAAAGGAUCAUCAUCUUGUGCUGCGAAUGGAGCUUUGUACACGCUUAUUUGCUGUGUGAUUGGUUGUCCAUGCUUUUACUCGUGCUUCUAUCGCUCCAAAAUGAGGCAGCAGUACACCCUGGAGGAGAGCCUUUGUGGGGAUUGCAUGGUUCAUUGCUGCUGUGAGCCAUGCGCCUUGUGCCAAGAGCAUCGUGAGCUCCAAAACCGCGGAUAUGACAUGACCAUCGGCUGGCAUGGAAACGUGGAGCGACGUAAUAGGGAGGCCAUCAUGGUACCAAAGCCUCCAGCGGUGCAAGAGGGAAUGAGCCGAUAGACUGCACAUCUACUGUUUGACCUUAAACGGCAAAUAUGAGUGGGAUCAAUUAAGAUUAUUAGAAAAUACGAAGAAUAUCCUAUCUACAAUUAUCUUGUGUAAUACGGUGUGCAGGAAUAGUUUGUGUUAUAUAUUGUAGUUGUGUUUAUAUGUCUAUUUUCUAAUAAACAAUAGACAUAUAAAAUAAAAAUGACAUAUAAACAAUAGCGUAAAAAUGUAAUUCUAUUAUGCAUUAUAAACUGUGGUUAUUUCA